AACUUCAGUGAUUCGAUACAACAGAACAAUAUAACACGCAAAAUUUUAUAAAGCAGUGAUGAAACAGCUGAUCCAUCGAUUUUUAAGUGAAUAACAUAUUUCGAAAGCCUAGUGAUAAUAAAACAAUUGUAAAGCACUAUCUUUUUCGUAUGAAAAGAUUAUAUUUUUGAAAGUGAUCAUAAAUACUCAUUUACGUGAUAACCGAAAAGAUGUGCGUUGACGUGUCUCAAUGACGUAACUUUGUCUUUCUGCCACGAAAAGUCGAAUCCACCGAAAGGAUAUUUUAAAAUGAAUUCGAGAAUAUCUUUAUCAAGCUGUUCAAACUAAAAGUCAGCUGAUUAACAAAUUACAAUCAAAAUAUAAUUUGGAAAAAUGAAGCUAAGAAAAGAGUUGAUUUUACUCUUGCUGGUGAUGUCUGCUGCCUCAGAGUCAGAUGUUUCCAAGAAACGAUCAGAUACUUCUGAGGAAGAAGCAGAAGAAGAUGUUAGUUUAGAAGAAAAUGCGUUUGAACAUUUGCAAGAACUAAAGGCUUUGCAUGACAGUAUUUUGAAAAUAGUACCAGCCAAUGAACCAUAUCUUAAUGAUAAAAUUACAAAGAGGAAAGAGGGAACGGAAAAUGAACCAAAAACAAAGGAUGAAAGUCCUGUAAUGAAAAAUGUCUGGAUGAAAACAAUGAUAGCUCAAACUAAAAAUAUAGAUUUACCAAAUAGUAAUUUAAGAAUUGAAGAAGAGGAUAAUGAAACAUGGGGUGAAGAAGAGCAACUUGAACCUCUUAGUGAUGAGCCUCAAGAACCUCUUACUCCGGAGCAACAGGAAGCGGAAUUAAUAUUUAAGAAGGCACAGAGUCUCUUAAAUGCAACACGCUCAAAUAAAGAAGAAGCCUAUAAGUUAUUAACUUCUGCAGCAAUUCUGGGACAUCGAGAAGCUUGGUCUAUGUUAGCAUGGGCUCAGUUGUUGGGUACACAAUUUGGUUCAGCUUCUUCUGGUCAAGAUAUUUCAGCAGCUUAUGAGAUUUUUAAGGAACUUGCUGAAACUGGUUUACCAUCUGCUCAUAUGGGUAUGGGUUUUCUAUAUGCGACUGGAUUAGGUGGAGUACAAGCAUCACAAGCAAAGGCAUUGCUACAUUACACAGUAGCAGCACUUGGUGGAGAUACUCGUGCACAAAUGGCCUUAGGCUAUCGUCACUGGGCUGGAAUUACAACUCCAGCUUCUUGUGAGAGAGCUUUAGAUUUUUAUCGAAAAGUAGCCAACAAGGUUGCAGAAGAGGUUUCCCUUAGCGGAGGACCAGUUGUUCAGAGAAUUAGACUUUUAGAUGAACAGGAGAAUCCAGCAUACAGCUCAGGAAUCUUUGAUCAAGAUCUAAUAGAAUAUUACCAAUUGUUAGCAAAAAAAGGAGAUAUACAAGCUCAGGUGGGAUUAGGGCAAUUACAUUAUCAAGGUGGAAGAGGUGUACCACUGGAUCAUGAAAGAGCAUUACAAUAUUUUCAACAUGCUGCUGAUGCUGGAAAUCCCCUUGCUAUGGCUUUUCUAGGAAAGAUUUAUUUAGAAGGCAGUGAUAUAGUUAAACAGGAUAAUGAAACAGCAUACAAAUACUUCAAAAAAGCUGCUGAACUUGGAAAUCCUGUUGGUCAGAGUGGGUUAGGUCUUAUGUAUCUUUAUGGAAGGGGCGUUGAAAGAGAUACUGCAAAAGCUCUUCAGUACUUUAGCCAAGCUGCAGAGCAAGGAUGGGUUGAUGGACAACUUCAACUUGGCAAUAUGUAUUUCAGUGGUACAGGAGUAAGACGCGAUUACAAAUUAGCUAACAAGUAUUUUAGUUUGGCUAGUCAGUCUGGUCAUGUUUUGGCAUUCUAUAAUUUGGCACAAAUGCAUGCUACUGGAACAGGCAUGAUGCGUAGUUGCCCAGCUGCUGUCGAACUUCUAAAAAAUGUUGCAGAAAGGGGCAAAUGGAGCGAUCAGCUAAUGGUUGCUCACACAGAUUACAGAGAAGGUAGAAUAAACGAGGCUUUCGUCAAUUAUGCUCUCCUUGCAGAAAUGGGUUAUGAGGUAGCACAGAGUAAUGCUGCAUUUAUAUUGGAUAAAGGAGAAACAUCAAUAUUAUCAGAAGAAGAGGGAUUAGUUAGGGCUCUUGCUUUAUGGGCAAGAGCAGCUGCUCAAGGAUAUUCUACUGCUCAGGUUAAAUUAGGAGAUGCCCAUUACUACGGUCGUGGAACAAAAGUUGACUAUGAGGCUGCAGCUACUCAUUAUCGAUCAGCGUCUGAGCAACAACAUAAUGCGCAAGCAAUGUUUAACUUGGGAUACAUGCAUGAACGUGGCUUGGGUCUUGCAAAAGAUCGGCAUCUUGCCAAACGAUGUUAUGAUCUAGCGGCUGAAGCUAGUCCAGAUGCAAGAAUUCCUGUAGCACUGGCUCUCAUUAAACUUUCAUUUUUCUUUGGACUGGAAUAUCUGCAAGAAUUUAGCCUUGCUGAUCAUUUAAAUAAGUGGGACCAGCUUUUGGGUCAAAACUGGGACUUAUAUCUUAUCGGAUUGCUCACUGGCAUGCUCAGUUUAAUUAUUUAUUUUCGCAGGCCACAACCACCACCUCCACCUAGAAUUAACUAGUUCUUAAUUACCUUUUUUCGAAUCUAUUUCUCUUUUUCUUUUAGAUGAAGUAAAGUUUGUUACUGAUGAUUCAUAAAUACAUGCACAUGUGUGCAUAUCGA